CUCUUUCGCCUUCGAGGGCUCCCGCGGGGGUUGGAGGCAUGAAAGCAACUUCCGUCACUUCUUCAAUAAUCAUGCAACAGAAAGCAACCUUUCGUCAUAAAUUCGAUUUGCCCACAUUGAUACAACUAUCAUCGACACUUACUUGAGAAGUGGCGUAAGCAAAUUGAUUGAGUGGCUGUGAGAUAUCCCUGCUACCAGCAUACAGUGUACCAGUUUCAACCAGCGAAAACAAAACCAUCAUCCUUCCAUCAUGAGUUCUGCUCCCGACAAAGAACCUCCUUCCCGCGCAGCUCUUCGUCGAGCUAGGCGCGUUUGUGUCAAGGCUGGAACCUCUGUCGUCGCCAAUGAAAAUGGAUCGCCUUCGUUGACAAGGCUCGGAGCGAUUGCCGAACAGAUUGCUGAGCUUUGUAACUCUGGUGUUGAGGUGAUUUUUGUCAGCUCUGGUUCUGUUGGAAUGGGAAAACGCCUCCUUCGAAAGCAACGCCAAACUCUCAUGAGCUUCAAGGACAUGCAGCUUCAGUCGGAAAACGGAAAAGACGAAGACGACACUGUGGGCUUGCACGACCAUGCCGAUCAUCAUGAACCAGUUCCCCUCAACCGAUCGCCCAACAGGGCCAGCUUCGUCAACCUUUUGGAUAUUCAGGAGCGACCACAUUCCAUGGCCCAAAAGAAAAGAUUCUACGAUUCUGCUUGUGCUGCUGCUGGGCAAUUUGAAAUGAUGAAUCUCUACUCCAAUCUUUUCGCUCAAUGUGAUGCCUCUGCUUCCCAAAUCUUGGUCACACAAGCCGAUUUUGCCGACCCUGUCCGACGCAACAAUCUUCAUUAUGCCAUUGAGCGUUUGCUCUCCCUUGGAAUUAUCCCCAUUAUCAAUGAAAAUGACGCCGUGUCGGCGAAUCUCGGAUAUACUGCCGAUGAUGUCUUUUCCGAUAACGAUUCCUUGGCAGCCCUUUGUGCCAGGACUUUUGAUGCCGAAGUGCUGUUGCUCUUGACCGACGUCGAAGGAGUCUUUGACCGUCCCCCAAGCGAAUCUGGGGCCAAGAAAUUGGAAUUCUACCGCCCAGAAUCAUCGGAAGUUGCCAUUGGCGCGAAGUCAGCGCAGGGACGCGGUGGUAUGUCAUCCAAAAUUGGAUCGGCUAUUUCGGCUGUGCAGCCAGGGUCCAACUGCAGUGCUUGCAUUGUGGCUUCGGGAGCUGACCUCAACUCCAUUAGGGCUGUGUUUGGAUCUGAUCCAAAGACAAAAUACAGUUGUGGGACGCUCUUUGUGACCCCCGGUAGUAAGCUGGAGGCCCAGGCCACGAAGGACUUUCCCGAGGAGGCGGAAACCCAAGCAAACAUCAGCAGCGAAGCCCGGGAUCAAGCUUCUGCUGCCCGUGCUGAGGCACGCAAACUCCAGGCUCUUCCCUACGAGGUACGCCAAAGCAUCCUUAGCGCCGUGGCGGAUGCCUUGAUCGAACGCCAAAAGGAGCUUUUGGAUGCCAAUACCUUGGAUGUGGAGGCUGCUGAAAAGGAUGGAAUAGCUCUGGUCUUGAAGAAGCGUCUCAAGCUUACCGAAGCCAAACUUGCCACUUUGGCGGCAGGUCUUCGUCAGAUUGCAGGCCUUCCAGAUCCUUUGGGGGUUGUCAAAAGCAAGCGAGAACUGGCAGACGGCUUGGUCCUUUCUCAGAUAUCCGUCCCGAUUGGCGUGCUCAUGAUCAUCUUUGAGUCGCGCCCCGAUUCCAUGCCUCAGAUUUCCGCGUUGGCCUUGGCAAGCGGCAAUGGCCUUUUGCUCAAAGGAGGAAAAGAAGCGGUCAAAUCGAACGCAGCCAUUCACCGUGUCAUUGGCGAUGCCAUCGAAGCUGGUAGUGGUGGAAAGAUCAAGCGCGACAUCAUUGGGCUAGUCACAAGCCGUGGGCAGGUUGCUGAUCUACUGACUUUGGAUGAUACGAUCGACCUUGUCAUUCCUCGAGGAAGCAACGCUCUCGUUUCCUACAUCAAAGCAAACACAAGAAUUCCGGUGCUGGGACACGCAGACGGCGUUUGCCAUGUCUAUGUCGACGAAAGUGCGGACAAAGAUGCAGCCUGCAAGAUUGCUGUGGACGCAAAGACGGACUACCCAUCAGCGUGUAAUGCAAUGGAAACUCUCCUUCUGCACAAGGCGACAAUCGAAAACGGGGUAGCUUCCAGCGUAUUGAUGGCGUUGCGGGCUGCCGGUGUGAAAUGUCUUGGUGGCCCUAUCGCUAUGAAGAUGGGUCUCUGCGACAGCCCUGCGCAGGAGCUCAAGUGUGAGUAUGGCGACUUGACUUGCAUGGUUGAGAUUGUCGAGGGCUUGGACGAGGCCGUGGAUUGGAUUCAUCAGUACGGGAGCGGCCACACUGAGACAAUCGUUUGUGCCAAGGACAGCCCUGUUGGGGAAGAGUUCCUCAAAAGGGUCGACGCUGCUUGUGUUUUCAAGAAUGCCUCCAACCGCUUUGCUGACGGUUUCCGCUUUGGCCUUGGUGCCGAGGUUGGGAUUUCCACUGGUCGCAUCCAUGCCCGUGGCCCUGUGGGGGUCGAAGGUCUCCUCACAACCAAGUGGCAGCUGCGAUCGGAUGGCGUGGACUAUGUGGGAGAGUUCGGCGGGGAGUCGCCGACCAAGGCGUACACCCACAAGGAAUUGAUGUAAAUGUGGAUGCAAAAGCUACAAGGGGAUGCUUCAUACUGCCCAACGCGCGUCCGAGCUGAACACAAUCAAUACACUAUAGGUGCGAAUGACAUAAAAAUAAGCUAUGAUCUUAUUCUAGAUACCAGC